UCCAAGGCGGAAUCGUUCCUGGCAUCUUCCUUGUUUGGGUUCCAUCCUCACCGGCUUCCUCACCUCCUUUCUCGCAGGCUAUGCGCUCCGAUGAUGACCUGAGCACCGUUUCCGAGGAGCUGUACAACCGCAAGAUCCGCGUCCCGCCUUUCAGCCACACGCUGGACGGCCUGGUAGCCUUCACCACCUACCACGUGCGCGUGGCCUGCCAUUCCACCGAGGGCCACUCGCCCUGGACCCACUGGGUGGCUAUGGACACCUUGGAAGGGGUGCCUGCAACCGCGCCGGAGAACAUCGAGGCUAAACAGAACGGCAGCUGUUGCACCAUCCUCCGGUGGAGACAGCCGCGGGGCAGCAUCAACGGGAUUCUUCAGGGGUACAAGCUGGUGUGUCAAAGUGGGGAUUCACCCGAGGUGGUUGUGGAUGUGGGACUGACCAACGAGACAGUGUUGUCUCUGAACUCAAGUGUACAGAACUUGACCGUACGGAUUGCAGCCUACACCAGUGCCGGAGACGGACCCUGGAGCGAAGCCAUCACGAUCCUCUCCUCGGAACCAGGUGAAUUACUACCAGCUCCUCAGUCAG